CCCGGCUUCCGUGCCCCCUGGAUCCUGAAUCUUGAAGCAGGGUAGGGGUCCAGCAUGAAGCCCCCGGACCGCCCCGUCCCUGGCCGCACUGACCGGAUACUGGGGGUCAUGGGGGGCAUGCUGCGCGCAUGCGCCCUACCCGGGCAGGAGGGGGCUCCGAAGAGAAGCCCCCUCGGGCCGGGGGGUCCCGAGCCCGAGCCGGACGCCACCGAGGGGGAUGAGAGAGGGGACCGCGGACGCGAGGCGCCCGCUUGGGCUCCGCUGCCCGAAUCUUACUCCAUUGCCGGCAGUGAGGGAAGUAUCUCAGCUUCUGCUGCGUCGGGUCUGGCCGCCCCCUCGGGCCCCAGCUCUGCUCUCAGCUCUGGCCCCUGCUCCCCGGGCCCCCCAGGGUCAGUCAGCGGCCUGAGGAGAUGGCUGGAUCAUUCCAAACAUUGUCUCAAUGUGGAGGCUGAAGCCAGCGGCAGUCAGGCUGGACCGUAUGAGAACUGGAUGCUGGAACCAGCUUUAACCACCGGAGAAGAAUUGCCAGAGCUGACCCUGCUGACCACACUGUUGGAGGGGCCUGCAGAUAAGAAUCAGCCACCCGAGGAGGAGAUUUUGUCGCACGCUCCAGAAAAUGAGGAGGAACAGAAAAAGGCAGCUCUGGAAAGGAGUAUGUAUGUCCUGAGUGAACUGGUAGAGACAGAGAAAAUGUACGUGGAAGAUUUGGGGCAGGUUGUGGAGGGUUACAUGGCCACCAUGGCUGCUCAGGGAGUGCCUGAGAGUCUUCGAGGUCGUGACAGGAUUGUGUUUGGGAACAUCCAGCAAAUCUACGAGUGGCAUCGAGACUACUUCCUGCAAGAACUUCAGCAGUGUUUGGAUGAUCCUGAUUGGCUGGCGCAGCUAUUCAUCAAACAUGAGCGCCGGCUGCAUAUGUAUGUGGUAUAUUGUCAGAAUAAGCCCAAGUCAGAGCACGUGGUGUCAGAAUUUGGGGACAGCUACUUUGAGGAGCUCCGGCAGCAGCUGGGGCAUCGCCUGCAGCUAAGCGACCUCCUCAUCAAACCAGUGCAGAGGAUCAUGAAAUACCAGCUGCUGCUUAAGGAUUUUCUCAAGUAUUAUGGCAGAGCUGGCAGAGACACUGACGAGCUGGAGCAAGCUGUGGAGGUCAUGUGCUUCGUGCCCAAGCGCUGCAAUGACAUGAUGAGCCUGGGGAGGCUGCGGGGUUUUGAGGGCAAACUGACUGCUCAGGGGAAGCUCCUGGGCCAGGACACAUUCUGGGUGACAGAGCCAGAGGCCGGGGGGCUGCUCUCUUCCCGGGGUCGAGAGAGGCGCGUUUUCCUCUUUGAGCAAAUCGUCAUCUUCAGCGAGGCGCUGGGCGGGGGCGCGCGAGGGUGCGCGCAGCCCGGAUACGUGUACAAGAACAGCAUCAAGGUAAGCUGCCUGGGCCUGGAGGGGAACCUCCAAGGGGACCCCUGCCGUUUCGCCCUGACCUCCAGAGGGCCCGAGGGCGGGAUCCAGCGCUACGUGCUCCAGACUGCAGACCCUGCUGUCAGUCAGGCCUGGAUCAAACAAGUGGCACAGAUCCUGGAAAGCCAGCGGGACUUUCUCAAUGCGUUGCAGUCGCCCAUUGAGUACCAGAGACGGGAGAGUCAGACCAACAGCCUGGGCCGGCCAGGAGGGGCCGCUGGGGUGGGGAGCCCAGGGAGGAUUCGCCCUGGAGACCGGGCCCAAGCCAGCAUGCACACACCCAUCAAUGGCUCUCUCCCCUCCCUGCUGCUGCUGCCCAAAGGGGAGGUGCCCAGAGCCCCCCUGGCCCUGGACACACAGGCCCUCAGUGACCUCCCCCAGAUGCCUCACGACUCUCCUCCAGUUCCACCUCUUCCCAACACCCCUCCCGGCCAGGCCCGACUUGCCAAGCUGGAUGAAGAUGAGCUGUGAUGGGCGAAGGCUGGA